CACAAUCAACUUUGUCUGUCGCUUCUAGUCACUUAUCAACCCCAAGGGCAAAUGCCAGUUUUACACGCUUUUUUUAUCAAGAUGAUGAAACUGAUAACACAAUUGCAUAUUGUAGACUUUGUACUCAGGAAUUAGAUGAAUUAGACAGAAUUCAAGCACAACCGUUUACAGAACAAAUGGUUUAUCUUUUAAAGCUAUUUGAAGAAAUUACAAGAUAUGUUUGUGGAUCAAAGUAUCCAACAUUAAAUCUUGUAUAUUGCUACAUUCGAACUCUAAAAAACAAGUUUGCACUAAAAAAUGAUCAUGGUAAAUCAUUUGAAGCUUGGGUUAAUCUAAUUUAUGGCUCUGAAGAUGCAGAUACUAGUAAUGAUUCAAGUCUUAGUAGUGAUAAUGAAGUUGAUAUACCGUUAGCAGAAAAUCGACGGCAGUGGCAAUAUGCACAUCGAAGUGCAUAUCGCUGUAAAGGUCAUGAACAAACUGAAGCUCAAAUUCGUGCAGAAUUAUUAUUACUUAAAACUCAAUUAGAUGAUUCAAAUAGUAAUGAAAAUAUAGAAAGAAGUUCCAUAAUUCUGAAUGAAGUAACUUUGAAUAAAGAUCCUCAGGAUUCUUUAAGUGCCGAAUUAUGGG